GCCAAUCCCCGCCGGCCACAGCUAACUUUCCCGCCCGGCCCCUUUCUGUCACUAAUUGAGGUGCCCCCAACCAGCCAAUCAGGAGAGCGAGAGCAUCCCGCGUUUGCUUUCGUUCGCCGAGGCGCUUAUCAGUCGGAAUUCUGGGGAGCCAACCGCUCCGUCUGUCCUUGGCAUGCCAGCGGCGUUUUAGAGGAGGUGGCGGGAAGCCUGUGUGUGCUCGAAUUCGUCACCCUCAUGGUCGCUCCAGUGGCAUGGCUGGAGGACAAGCAAAUUGAGGACAUUGGCAAUGAAGUGAUCAAAAUGAUAGAUUUUUCACAAUCGAAAAUAACAGGAAAAUAAACGAAGAUGUCUGUGGAUCCAAUGACCUAUGAGGCCCAGUUUUUUGGCUUCACGCCACAAACAUGCCUGCUUCGGAUCUACAUUGCAUUUCAAGACUACCUGUUUGAAGUGAUGCAGGCCGUUGAACAGGUUAUUCUGAAGAAGCUGGAUGGCAUCCCAGACUGUGACCUUAGCCCAGUGCAGAUUCGCAAAUGCACAGAGACGUUUCUUUGCUUCAUGAAAGGACGUUUUGAUAACCUUUUUAGCAAAAUGGAGCAACUAUUUUUGCAGCUGAUUUUACGUAUUCCCCCAAACAUCUUACUUCCUGAGGAUAAAUGUAAGGAGACACCUUAUAGUGAGGAAGAUUUUCAGCAUCUCCAGAAAGAAAUUGAACAGUUACAGGAGAAGUAUAAGACUGAAUUAUGUACUAAGCAAGCCCUUCUUGCAGAAUUAGAAGAGCAAAAAAUUGUUCAGGCCAGACUCAAACAGACAUUGACUUUCUUUGAUGAGCUUCAAAAUGCUGGCAGAGAUCAUGGGACUAGUGAUUUUAGGGAGAGUUUAGUGUCCCUGGUUCACAAUUCCAGAAAACUCCAAAACAUUAGAGACAAUGUGGAAAAGGAAUCGAAACGAUUGAAAAUAUCUUAGUUGCUGAAUAGUCAAAAGGAGGAGCCUGUCAAAAAGUAGAAUCACAAGGAAUUUAUACCAGUGACUGUUCAAACCAAUCAUACUUUUUUUAGAUUUGCUUUGUCAACUCUUUGUUGUA